UCCGACAGUUCCUGAACGCCUCUUGUGUCUCGUGUUGUUGUCUGAUGCAGCUAGCUAGCCAGUAAGCUUGAGUCAACCGAGUGUUAGUUGGCAAACGCCACAUUAUCAUUUAAAUUAUAACAAAGCACUAAAUACCAAAGCGCCUAAAGCAUGAGAAGAGUUACCCUGUUUGUUAACGGGACAUCUAAAAAUGGCAAGGUUGUAGCAGUAUACGGGACCUUGUCAGAUUUACUAUCCGUAGCAAGCAAUAAAUUAGGAAUCAAAGCUGUGUCUUUAUACAAUGGAAAGGGUGGUCUCAUAGAUGACAUUGCCCUUAUAAGAGAUGACGAAGUGUUGUAUGUCUCAGAAGGAGAUCCAUUUAUUGACCCUCAGAAUGAGGCCAAGGUUACAGCUGAUCAGCACGGAGCACACACUGAUUGGCUGACCCUUAAUAUUGGUGGUCGUCCCUUCACCACCACCAGGAGCACCUUGGUCAGCAAGGAGCCAGAGAGUAUGCUAGCUCACAUGUUCCGAGAGAAAGAUGUGUGGGGGAAUAAGCAGGAUGAGCAUGGAGCGUACCUAAUCGACCGAAGCCCUGAAUACUUUGAACCAAUUCUCAAUUACCUGAGACAUGGUCAGCUCAUUAUCAAUGAAGGCAUAAAUAUACGAGGUGUCCUCGAGGAGGCUCGUUUCUUUGGAAUUGAGCAGCUUACUGAACAGCUGGAAGCCGCAAUCAAGAACAUUCAGCCAGCUGAGGACCACUCUCCCAUUUCCCGCAAGGAGUUUGUUCGUUUUCUUCUGGCAACUCCCACCAAGUCAGAGCUCCGCUGUCAGGGUCUUAACUUCAGUGGAGCAGAUCUGUCCCGACUGGAUUUACGCUACAUCAAUUUCAAGAUGGCUAAUCUGAGCCGCUGCAAUCUGACACAUGCCAACCUGUGCUGCGCCAACCUGGAGCGGGCCGAUCUGUCUGGAGCCAACCUGGACGGUGCCAACUUACAAGGGGUGAAGAUGCUCUGUUCCAACGCCGAGGGAGCGUCUCUCAAAGGAUGCAACUUUGAAGAUCCAUCGGGAUUGAAGGCCAACCUGGAAGGUGCUAACCUUAAAGGAGUUGACUUGGAAGGAAGCCAAAUGACCGGCGUCAACCUGCGUGUGGCCACUCUGAAAAAUGCAACGCUGAAGAACUGCAACCUGCGGGGAGCCACUUUAGCAGGGACCGAUCUGGAGAACUGUGACUUGUCUGGCUGCGAUCUCCAAGAAGCCAACCUGAGAGGGUCCAAUGUGAAAGGGGCCAUUUUCGAGGAGAUGCUGACCCCUCUGCACAUGUCCCAGAGUGUCAGAUAACUGCACACACCAGUGUCAGUGGGGGGGCGCAGCUGGCUUCUUUAAUACUCUCUCCUUCAGUAUAUUCCUCUACUUCCAAUCUGUCUGUAAAGCAGGUAGUUGUAUGCACAUCCCUGGCAUUCCACCUUUAUUAAGUUAGCUUUAAAUAUCUUGCACUAUAAUUAUUCAGGGUUGUUUGUAUGGUAGGACGUUUUAAAUGUUCAGCUGCGUAUAUCACCAAAACCAAAUAAUGUUCCUCGUGUACGUAGAUGUGUCUGGAUGCAAUCCAAUGAACUGUACUAAUUUAAUGUUCUUCAUCAUUUAUAUUCACUUCAUCUUACUUGACGUGUUAAUGGGAGUUAAAGUCAGAUCAUUUGUGAGCAGUGAAGUUCAGAGCUGAGCUUCACUGUGCUGCCGUAGCAGAAACAGAAAGUGGCACUUACCAAUAACUGUGGUGUUAUAUAAUCUUCUUUAACUUAAUUUUGCUGGAUUCAACAUAAAUAAAGGAAGCAAUGCAAGCCAAAGCCAUAAGGAUAGCACAGUCUAGAAGGCUAAAAGUGCUGUUUGCACACCAUGAAACUAUGCGACAGCUUGGUUAUGCAAUACAUGAUGUUACAGCUGUGAGGUUUCUCCUUUCUGACUUUUAAAUAGUGUGUUCUUUAAAAAAAAGAAGCUUUCCCUUGUUUGUGAAUCUACCUCUUUUUUUAAUCUGGUGUGCAAGUGAUCCACAAUUGCAUGCAUUCGACUGUGGCACUGCUUAUUGUAAUGUGCAUGUAUGACAUUCAUUAUACUUCAGUCCCCAUUUGAAGAAAAACAAAUGCUGUGCUUUAAAAGAAAAAGCCAUUUUCACAUGCUGUUAAAGUGGGUUUGCCUGCAAACAUGCUCCAUGUAUCAAUGUAUAUCACUUAAUCAUGCUUCGAACUUAUUUGCACAACUACAUGUUAACUUGUAUACCUUCUCACCAAAAAUUGUUGGUGCUUGUAAUCUUAUGUAAAUCUACUCCAGUGUUUCCAAAACUUCUGAAAUUGUUAUUGUAUGGUAAGCUGGUUUUGUCAGUUCUUUCUGUUUGCAUGUGUGAAGACUCUACUCGUCUCUGACUGGUGAAGUUUCUCUACCUGUAGCUCAAAGCUGCUCUGAUGCAAUACUAUUCACUAAUUGUUGGUACCCAGCCUGUGAGAAUGAACGAUGAAGGCAAUCAUACAAUUGUGUAUUUUCAUCUCGAAAAUCCAAGGAAGAGCUAUGAGUAUUUAUUUUUAAUACAUCUCACUGAAUGCAACACGAGGCGGAGGUUGGUUUGUGUUUUAGACAGGUCUCCCUGUCUAAGAUUAUUGCACUUGACCGUGGAAAUAUAUUUCCAUGAAUGACUGUUAUAAAUAAACUGCUAUGAAGAAGAAAAAAA